UGUCGCCGUCUGCAGUCGGCGUCCCCGCGCGCCUCUAAUGUGUCAGCGCCAAACAGCAGGAAAAAAAACUUCGGCAAAAAUGGCGGAGGGUGCAACGUCUCUGAAAGGGUUGCGGGCGCAAAUGGCUGCAGCCGCGCAGGCGCAGGCAGAGGAACGGCGCAGCCAGGCAGGGAACAGCCCGACACCACCAGCUCCAGCCAGCACAAUGAAGAGCCAGAUCAAGCCAGUCAUUGAUGGGGCAGCCCUGAGGAUAGACGACAAACUCCGAGUGGCCAAAGAGAGGAGAGAAGAGCAGGAAAAGCAACAUGCGGCCCGUGAGACUCAGCUCCUGGAGCGAGAGCGCAAGGCCCGGCAGCAGGUGGAGAGACAGAUGGAGGAGAAGCAGAAGAAGCUGGAAGAGCAGCGCAGAAAAGAGGAACAGAGGAGAGCUGCAGUGGAGGAGAAAAGGAAACAGAAAUUAGAAGAGGAAAAGGAGCACUAUGAGGCUGUGAUGAGACGUACCCUGGAGCGCAGCCAGCGAGUAGAGCAGAGACAGAAGAGAUGGUCCUGGGGUGGACUUUCAGACUCUGACAACAAAAAUGGACAAAGUGACAGUGGCUCCACCUCCACCCCGAUUGCUAUAGUAAUCUCCCCUGCUUCUCCAGCCUCCAAGCCACCCAGGAAUCAGACGUCACAAGACAAGCGCUCUUCCUCUACUACGAACCUGAAACAGGCUGACUCCGUCAUCAGCAAGCGUCUCUCCUCAUCCUCAGCCACCCUCCUUAAUUCUCCCGAUAAAAGUGCAAAGCGGAGAAGUUCGUCUUUGAACCGGUUGCCUAGCAAUGUUCCUCAGGCCUCUAAAGAAGUGCAUAAGCAGCCUCAGUUGGAAAAGACAGGCCCAAUCCUGAAGAAGCGAAGCUCCUCCCUCUCUCGAGUAGGGGCUAAAACACAGCACACCACCAAACCAGAGAAAUCCACAGCAGAUGAAUCAGCUCGCCGCUCGUUGGCUGCCCCCGUGGAUAGCAGUGUCCUCACUCGGCUGCUCACACCCACCCAGGCCUCGCUAGCUAGAAGCAAGAGUGCUGCGGCCCUGUCCGCCGAAGGAGGCGACACCCAAGAGUCUCACCUGUGUCCUCGUUCAGCAUCUGCAAGCCCCAUGCAGCCCUCGGCCCGUGGACCCCUACGCAGUCGCAGCAGCGAUCGAAAGAAAGGCCUGCCUACUUCUGUGUCAGCAGAUGCCAUUUCCAGUAUGACACAGCAGAAAGGUGAGACUGAGAAGCGCUUCACGUCACCAGUAGGAAAACGCCCUGCCUCACCCUCCAGUAGUCACCGAUCCCCAUCUCCUUCUCCCGCUGCAAACACCACCACAAGAGCGCCCUCACCUGGAGCAGCCAAGCAGAGUCCACGCUUCCGCCCUCCUUCCCCCAUCAGUUUGAAACAGCGGCCUCCAUCCCCUCAGCCCUCUGCCACAUCCAAACCUCCACCCAUCCAGAAACCUGCUCUCACCCCCACCGGCCCGCCUACCCUUCGCAAGAGGGACUCUAAGCCAAAGGAUAUGUCUCCCAUGAUGCCUGUCACCCCACAGUCUCCAGAAACCAGCACGCCCAGCCCAACACCCUCACCCAAGACCAAAGAGGAAUCCAGUUCCAAAGCUGUCGCAGGAACUAACUCGGCUGCAGAGGCUUCUAAGAUCCUGGCGGAGAACCGACGUCUAGCACGCGAGCAGAAAGAGAAAGAAGAGCAACUCCGCAUACAGAAAGAAGAAGAGGAGAGGCUGAGGAAAGAGGAGGAGAAGCGGCUGGCGGAGGAGGAGCGCUUGAGGCGUAUAGAGGAGGAGAAGAGGCUUGCAGAGGAGAGGAAGAGAGAAGAGGAGGAGCAGGCUCUUAUAGCGGAGGAGGAGAGACAGCGAAUGGAGCUGGAGGAGGAGCAAAGACAGGCUGAGUUACAGAAAGAGCGCGAGGAGGCUGAAGCAAAGGCCCAAGAGGAAGCAGAGAGGCAGCGUCAAGAGAGAGAACGCAUUAUGCAACAGAACCAACAGGAGCGCAUGGAGAGAAAGAAGAGAAUUGAAGAAAUUAUGAAGAGAACCAGAAAAACAGACCAAAUUGAUUUUAAGAGUAAUGAUGAGAAAGACAUUCCUGAUGAAGACGAAGAGGAGGCUGAGGACCAAAUAAACUGUGAAAAUAAGGAGAAUGAGGCUGUCGAGUUAGAGCAGAAUGCCAAGAAGACAGAACCAUCAGGCUUUCAGGAGCGUAACUUAUCUGUGGAGGAGCCAGUCACAGAGCAAGAUGGGCCAGUUGAUAGUAUGAACAUACAAACAGAUGUGGACAAUAAAGAGAACAGCAAUGGACCCAGCAAAGAGGAUCCCACAGUGGACAGCAGCCCACCUCCCAAGUCCUGUCUGAUGGAGGGCUCAGAGUUUGUGAACGAGGACUCUAAAGUGAACCUGGUGCAAGGGUUGAAUGGUAAAGGAGGAUCCUGGAGCUUCGAGGAGCUGAUCGAUCUGGGUGUUCAUGCGAAGAGCAAACCCCUGAUGGACGAUGGGGGCCCUGAAGGGCCUAGAAUGGCCUUCGAAGAAAAAACCAGCUCACUUCAUCCAGCCCAGCCCAUUGAAGCCCUGUCUGAGAUGUGAAUACGCAGGUCUGUUUAAGGCCUGCUGAUUAUUGCACUCCGUGAGUCACGUCCAGCUGAGCCUCAGAGUGUCAGCGCUCAGACUCGUCUGGACAGCCAGGGAAAGCGCACAGUGCCGCACAGCCUCUGCAGAUAAUAGACGGAUAAGGCAAGAGAAAAUAAAGACAAGUUGGAAGUAACAAGCUAAAGAAAUGCUUCAGGGAAUAUGAUAAAUUCCCUCAGUGUGCUUGCUUCGUUUAUCAGCUCUACAUCUUUAUAAUAUUGACAUCAGGAUUUGUUUUUUUUCCAUACAUUUCUUUUUUUUUUUUUUUUGUCUUUUAAAUGUGGAGACAACUUAUUUAUUCAUGCGGCUUCUUCACAUUUAAAUGGCUGCUGUCUCCUGACGGUUACCACGUGCACUUUUUUGCUAAAUUCCAGGUGUUCACGUGGCACAUACGAAUUCGUUAUAGCUUCAACUUUAGCGUUUUGUUGAAUAAUCUGGUUGAUCGAGUCAGUGUGAAGCAUUUUGAAAAAGGAAACUCACAUAUCUUCAGCUGACAUUGGUUCCAGUCACAGAUGUACUAAUUAAACCCUGUGUCUGAACUGUUGAGCGGAGCUCAAGAAUGUGAUCCAACGUAGAAACAUGAGGUUAGACAGCUGCUAUUGCAGCAAACUCUCCUGUUCUGAUGUGCUUUUAAUGUGACCUCAGGAUAUUUUCCUCUAACCUUCUGUUUCUCCUCUCUAAAGGCAUAAACAUCACCACUGUAUAGUGUUUAACACUAUAUCCCCUGUGCAACAACUUAAGCAUUCCUAUUGUGUAACACUUGUAGAUAGCAAAUCUUACUUGAGAGGUUUCAUUAAAAACGUUUACCAGACUGAUUCUAAUUAAAAUGAGUGCAAACAUGUUCAUACUGCCUUGAGCUCUGAGAUUGAAGGAUGAUGGGGCUCAGUGCAGACUGAUGUAACACUUUUGUUUGAGGUUUUUAUGUUCGUUCCUGUUCUGUAAUAAAUAUCUGUAUUGUUGAUAUCCUGUUCUGCCUGUACAUAAAUAUGACUAGUUAGCAAAUAUCUAAUUUAAGUGACCCUCAGUAUGUCUGCAUGAAUCUAUCUAUAUUGCGUAACAACACAGAAAAUUACUGUAACUCUUAUUUGCACACUUUCUGCAUGUUUCUGUUCCCUGGAGUUUGAGGAAACGUGUGCCAGUGGCUAAACUUGAAUGAUUUCAUAUUCUCCGAUGCCCGAAGUCCCCUCAGGGUUGUACUGUACUAUCAGGUCCCGAUGUUUCCUCGUGUAUAUACAGUUACUGUUAGUUCUCACAUCCAUUCAUGGCCUAAAUAAUCACAGUUUAUUUAGUUCUCUCUUUAAAAAUGCAUAAAUAUGUAUUUAAAACUCUUCUAAAUAUUAUGUGAUCAGUAUUAGGCUGUCUGGCUAUACUUGUGGUUGGGAAUAAGAACUAGGCAGCAAGUUAGUGUACUGUAUAGUGUGGUACAGCACUGUACUGUAAGAAAAGCUGUUGAUAAUCUAACAGGCCAGAUGUUACGAACUGUACACAGCAGCACUAGGACACAUUUUUGAAUGGAGUGUGAAGUGAGUUGGAAAAAAGAAUGUGAACUGAGGGUUACAAGUGAAGUCAAGAGGGCUAUUUGAUUAUGAACAGGGAUGUUUGCAGAGAAUCCAUUAAGCAUGUUGCCUCUCAUUGAGGUUGAGAAUUGCGAUGUACAUUUCCAGCUAGAGGAUUCAGAGAAAGUGUGAUUUGGCAUUUGACUGAUUCAAAUGUCCAGACUGAUUGGUCUUCAUAUGCUUGAAGAGUUUAGUAGGCUUUGUGUACUGUAGUUGUGUAAAAUGUUGAGUUUCCUUUUGAGAUGUUAUUCCACAAAGCUUAACGAAAGAGUUAAGUUUGUGGUUAACUGGCAAGUAAAUUUUCCUUAUUUGUAUCAUUCCAUCCACGUUUAGAAAUACUGUAGAUCCCUCAAAAUGUAUUUAAUGUUCUUCUAUUAUUUUAUAUGCAACCGCUCUCUGUGAUGUUUAUAUUUUGUUGUAUAGUAGUCACUUUCUUGCUUUUGGACUCAGGCACUUAGAAUCCAGUGGAAAAGUGUUCGCGGAGGUUAGAAGUGACAGCGCUCAUUGUGAUUCAUUGAGAUCAUUGUGAUUCCCUCGGUUUUGGCCUUUUAUACUCAUAACACUUUACAUUUCCAAAAUUGCUUCAUGUUGUGGUGUAGCUGCUGCAGACCUAAUCAUUGAGGCGUGUGUGUAUGUGUUAGUUGCAUUUGCUUUCGUAAUACACCAACACAGCCACUUUCAGACAAGUUUACUCCAAUGCAGAUGUUUCCACUAUUGGGACCUUUAGAGCCCUUUGCGCUUUAUACAUCAGAACUAAAACUGCUCUUUAAUGUUGAGUACUCAAUACAGGAGUAGAAUAGGAUGGUGCCUUAGAUGCUGAAUGGGCUGUAUUUUAUUAAUACCGUAACGUGUCACGUGAGCUUACCUCGGCCAUGACAAUCACUCUCCUCGACCAGGGUCAUGAAUGAGAUCUGCUUUUGUUAGAGCAGUUUCUUGUCUUGAAAUAACCCUGACCACAAAUUAUAUUUGUAAAUAUAUAUCUAAAGUGUACUGGGAAAAUAUAGAUUGUUAAAAUAAAGUUUUGGAAGAUAAA